GGCUUGUAUGACUUCUAUCCCCCUACCACCGUCUGUCUCUCGCCACACUGUAUCUACAUUCAAGGUCCUCGUGCUGGUGCUCAGCUCAACCUGGGCCGCUCGAUCUCGACCAAUGUUGUAUUCUACACAAGGGACCUUGGGCCCGUCCCUGCUGUAUGCCACUCGGCCAAAUGCGACCACUGCGGUGUACGAUACUAUCCCAACUACUUUGUCGACCCCACCACAGAAGCACGUUCAUUCUACGAAGGCCUGCCUUCUGCCAUACACGUCACCACACAUGUCUUUGUGGAACUAUCACUAUGUAUCCGCUUUGCCAAUGCUGCGGCGUACAUCCUGAAGCGCUUUCCAGCUGGCUGGUCCAUCGACCCAACUCUGACCUCUGUCCUUGUUGGUGAUGCAUUCUUUAUCCACGGUCUCCUGCGCGAUAAGGAUGGCCGUCGUGGUACUCUCGUUUUACACAGCCAGGGUAAUCAAGCUAUGCGGCUUGACCCUGCCCUUCAAGAGCGGACAGCUCUACUGGUUGGGCCAGCUCGUGAAGCAUGGAACCAUCUAUGUGACAAAUGCUGUGCGGCAAGAACUGUUAAUGGUCAACAUGGUAAGCCAUGCUGUAACUUCCACGACUGCCAGGAACCGCUGUCUUCCCAACGUGACCGCUAUUGCGAGAAACACAAAUAUCUCAGCAGUAUUUGUGUUGUGGUUGGAUGUGACUUGCCAGCCCCUUCUCCCCACCAGACCUGCAUGGAGCCCUCUCAUCGUGCCCUCGAGGAUCCUUCAGGACGCUCAGCACUCUUUGUGCUCCAAAGACGAUUGGAACGUCUCCGUGCUGCCUCACUGGAGGACCAUGGUGAUGGCAUAACUGAUGAACUCAUUGACAUUGAUGCGGAUGGAGAGUGUCCUACAAAGCCUGAUGAAGGCAAUACCAAGCCACGAGCACGGUUUGGACGCCGCCGCACCCAUAACGAGCAGCUUGUUGUUGCUACAUGUGGUGUCAUCUUGGGACGGGCUACCAUGUAUGGGUCUGAGGUCAUCUUCUAUGACACUGCAUGCAACCUCAAAAAACACAUCCUCAAUAUCGGGGACCACCAUUUCGAUCGCUGUGCCAUGCCUGUCGACCCCUUUCAUGCCAAGACCAAACACAAGGAGACGGAUGCCUUCUGUGGACAAUACUGCAAUGUGGCCUUGUUUCCUGAACUCCUUGAUGGCUCUCGCUGGCGCUUCAACUCCUCAGCUGCGGAGAUGACAAAUGCAUGGUUUGGAGGGUUUCAGUCUAUUGUUUGGGAGAUGCGGGCAGUGAGGUAUGAUUUCUUUUGGGAUGAGAUGAUCCGGAUCAGGAAUGAGAUAAUUAUAGGGGAGCUACAAAGGUCUAAAGCCAAUCCUGUCUUGGUCCCAAGGGAAUACUUGUUGUAA